UUGCCAAGGACUCAAACGAGAUAAGUCUAGCAGCUACUAUAGACAUCAACAUGAAGGAAAGCUAAUGAAAGCUCUCAGCCAUGGCUGCCAUGCCCUAUCUGUCGGAACCCUUCACGAUCGGAGACUACAGGCUAAAAUCAAAGCUAGGAGGAAGCUCUAUUUCAAUCGUUUGGAAAGCUGAGAGCAAAUCAAGCGGCGAAGUUGUGGUAGUGAAGCAAGUAUUCCUUUCCAAGCUAAACAAACACCUCGCUAACUGCUUGGAUUGCGAGCUUAGUUUUCUCUCCUCUGUUAAUCACCCCAACAUCAUUCGCCUUCUCCACGUUUUACAGUCUGAAAGAUGCUUGUUCUUGAUCCUUGAGUUCUGUGAUGGAGGAAAUCUAGCCUCUUACAUUCGUCGUCAUGGGCGAGUUCAAGAGCAAUUAGUGAGGCGAUUCAUGCAGCAACUAGGAGCUGGUUUGGAAGUAUUGCAGUCCCACCAUAUCAUUCACAGAGACCUGAAACCAGAGAACAUUCUACUUUCGGGCCCCAAGGAUGAUUUGGUGCUGAAGAUAGCAGAUUUUGGUCUUUCAAGAAGUGUAGAUCCAGGCAAGCAUGCUCAAUCAGUAUGUGGAACCCCAUUGUAUAUGGCGCCGGAAGUUUUACAAUUUCAAAGUUAUGAUGAGAAGGUUGACAUGUGGAGUCUAGGUGCAAUUCUUUUCGAGCUUCUUAAUGGUCACCCUCCUUUCCGGGGUAGAACUAAUGUUCAGCUGCUGCAGAAUAUUAAGUCAUCUACCUGCCUACCAUUUUCUAAGCUCAUUCUUCCACAAUUACAUCCCGACUGUGUCGACAUAUGUUCAAGACUUCUUUCUGUAAAUCCAGUUGAUCGCCUUUCGUUUCAAGAAUUCUAUCAACAUAGGUUUUUGAGGAAAAAAGGAAGGCGAGAAUAAAACCGACCUUGUACUUGAGAGUGUGAAUGCUGUCGUACAAUUCAUCCCGAUAUAGAAAUUGGCGAGUGUAGCAUAUUCAGAAGCUUUAUGUUGAGUUCUCACUCGCCAAUUCGGUGUUUCAGCUAGAUGGCAGCAUUAAGAGAGUAUCACCGAACCGGAAAUGACACUAACAAACACUGUCCCGUAAAUACAACAUACAUUAACUUGUUUAAGCAUUAUGUUGUAACUUGUUUUUGUUGUUGAUUAUGCUUUAUGAUAUAGCAUCUCUCUGUUUGUUA